AUGGGUGGAAUUGUCUACAUUCAUUGGCUAAUUGUUACACGCUUCUCAUCAACAUAUAUGGCUGGCGAUUUUAAUAAGUGGAUCCUACAGUGCUUGCCUAUAGCGACAGUAAAUAACAUAUGUUUUAGAAUAUUUGUUGUUCACAACUUCCACGUUAUAGACUCCAGAGCAAGAGCAGACAGGACACUCGCGAUUAUGAAGUUUAACGAUGCUGCAGACGAAGGUUCGGCGCGCUACGUCUCGACGCUGCCGACAGCUCCGCUAAUAAACACUUACUUGAGUGCCUUAAGUGCCUGUCAGUCUGCUAAAUGCUUAAAUAUUGAAUAA